AUGACAGAUGAGCAGGGACGGCUGCUCGCAAUUGGCUCCGAUGCGGAUGCAGGUGUCUCCCAGUUCUCUCAAGAUGAGGCUGUCGCCUCGGAGGAAAACGGGUUCCAAGAUCUGGUGCCGACCAGCCUCGCGGAGCUGACGGACAGUGAAGAGGUGCACACUGCACACUUCGUGGAGGGUGACUUCUUCCCUGAGGAAUCCUCCGCCCCUGCAGAGCUGCAGAGUGGCGAGGACCGCAAUGACGCCUCCACAGACUUGUUGCAGGAAUCAUCGCUCCUGUCGGCCGCACCUCCGCCUGAGAAAAGGGCGCCGUGCGAUGGCAGCGACGAUGCAGGCAGUGAAGCACGUCCUUUGCCGCCCCUAGAGACACGUCGUCCUGUUAAACGCGUGCGCUGGGCGGAUGAAGGUGUUACUGGGACGCCGUUGGUCAGGCGUGCCACAACCUUCCUUUUACUUCACAUAGACAAAAACCAGCAGCAGUCGCCGCCGCCGCUGCAGCAGCAGCAGCAGCAAGCCAUUGAGCUGGACAAGGUGUCCCAAGCUCUUUCGCCACCCCCUGUGCUUCGCGAGGAGAAAAACGGCGACGGGAGGAUUUAUCUUUCCUGCAAAGCACUUCGUCCGGCUCGCCGCUUCGUCCUUUGGAAGCGCAGCAAAGGGGCGACUGACGCUGCCGCAGAAGAGCUUCCAUUUAAACUACAACCACCUGGAAACAGUUCCGCGGCACGCAGUGUUACUUUGUUAGCUGCUCUUCACCCUCCGUAUCGCGCGGAACAUGUGGGGCCAGCAGUGCUGAUGCGCAGUGCCACUAUAUCGCAGAGCGCAAAGAAGGGAGAGGCACUCUGUGAUGGGGGGCUGCAGAUGCCAAUGGUGCGUCCCUCGGGGCUGCGUAACGUUCCCUUGCUUAUUCCACUGUAG